AUGAUGUUCAAACCGAAAGCUUGUCAAGGGAAAAAAAAGAAUAGGAAUAUUGAGCUUGAUCAAAACAAGCAUGUGGAGCAAAAAAGGAGUAUCCAUAAUAUUUCAAACAAAACAAAUUCGGCUAAAUCUCGACUUCCCAAUUCCGACUCGGGAUGGCCAACCAAUGUGAAAUUUGAUGCAAAGGAGGAGGUUCUAAUCACAGAAAAUGAAAAAGAAAAUGAGGAAAAGAAUAAGGCACUGCAUUUUGAACUAAAAUUUGAGCAUCAUGGUGUUCCUACUUCCCUUGUACAGGAUCUGGAAAAUGAUUGGUACUUACAAGCAGAUUCUAAGGGUGAACUUCAGUUGAUGAGCGGUUCAAUUCAGCCCAUAGACGUUUGGCACAGUCGUGGUGUUAGGUACCAUGUGCAAUUUAAUGAGUUCAACCAACCAAUUAGGAAAGGUGGGCAUAUCUUGGUGCGAUUUCUAGGAAGUGUAGCAAAGGAUGGGACCUAUUGUCCAAUUGGAGAAAAGAAUUGGCAUCAUGUUGACGUGAAACUCAAAACUAAGAUUGUUAUGAAGAUGAGAGAACAUUUUGUGAUUCCUGAGGAUGAGGUCUAUAAUACAUUAGCUCUGCAACGUGUUGACAAAUGUUGGAGGCACUAUAAACACUCACUUAAAUUGACAUUCUUCAAACCCGAUAAGCUCACAGAGGAAGAACAUUAUGAUAUUGUGCCUAGUGGACAUACUCGUUCUGAAUGGAAACCAUUGGUUCAGUAUUGGUUCUCACACAAAGGACAGCAAUUGUCUCAACUUGGAAAAGCGGCACGAGCAGCUCAAAAUCAAGUUCAUACAUUGGGUUCUACUAGUUACGCUAAUAUACGAGUUGAUUAUGAAGAUGAGCAUGGAGAAGAAAUGAGCUUGAUUGAACUUUGUGAAGCAACUCAUAAGAGGAAGGAUGGAACCUAUCUUGAAGGCACAGACACUUCGGACUUUUUGGAGGAUGCAAAGGCAAAGGUUGAUUCAUUAAAACUUUGUAAUCCUACUAUGUCUCGUGUUGACGUUGAAAAUGAAGCCUUUCAAGCUGUCAUGAAUGGAGAUGAAGUACCUGAACGACCCCAGAGAUAUGGAUUUGGGGUGAAAAAAAGUGAUAUUUAUGGGGUGCGUGGUGAACUUAGAAAAGAAGGUUAUGAAAAACUUAAAAGGAGACAUGUGGAACUUGAAAACAUUGUGGAAACAUCUUUAUUGAAGAAGAGAAAUGAGGAACUUGAAAAACAAAACAAAGAGAUGACUAACAAAUUUGAUGAGCAUACUAAGAUGAUGAAGACCGUUGCUACACAUUUUUCUCUAGUGUUGGAUGCGGUGCGUGAUGGAAAAGCUUCUACUCAACUUAUAGAUGCUGCAAAGUCAGCUAUGCAUUUGAUUACUAGAGAGGUAUUGUUAUAUUAUUAUCAUUCAUUGUUUCAUUUGAAUUAUCAAAAUCAAGUUGCACCAUCUAGUUACCUAUUCUUUUCUUUUGUCAUUAACUAA